AUUGGCACGAUACGACCAAUGGUGGUGUAGUCGUAUUUCCAUUCUCUUCGACCAUACUAUAAUGGAGGUAGGGAAGCGGAUUUUUGUCUUGGCGUCGAUCACGAUCAGAGCGACCAAACAUGGCUGCCUCGCCAUCUUCGACCCUUGUGAGCCCUCCUCGCGUUGACCUCGACGGGGAGGACACGAGCACGCUGGUUCGUGGCACGCCGGAGUGGCUGCGGUGCGCGGGCCUCGUCCGACGCGCGCUUGAGGCUAACGGAUGCGUCGCCGUCGGGUGUCGCCGCCACGUACCGCCGGAGCUGCGGGAGCGGAUGCUCGUGGCGAUGGCGGAGCUGUUCGCGCUCCCGCCCGAGACGAAGCGCCGGACCGGCGCCGCGGACGGCCCGUACAGGGCGUACAUGGAGAAGCGGGACUCCGCCGCGUGCCAUCACGAGGCGUUCGGGGUUCUCAACGCGGCCGCCGGCGGCUGCGAGGAGGCCCGCGCGUUCGUUGCGCGCGCGUGGCCGCACGGCAACGACCGCUUCCUGGAGACGCUGACUUCGACGGCCGGAGAGAUGGCGAGGCUGGGCCGCGUGAUCCUCGCUAUGGUCGUCGACAGCUACGGCCUCUCGCACCGCUCCGACGAGGUCGUCGACGCCACGGACACCAACUUCCGCAUGCUCAGGUACCACAACGACACCACGCGAGCGUCGUCGUUGGACGGGCAGCCGGCCGUCGGCCUCGCCGCCCACGUCGACGGGAGCUAUCUGACGGUCCUGUUCCAGAACGACGUGGACGGCUUCGAGCUGAGGACGAGGGACGGCGGAGAGUGGGUGAGGGUGCACUCUCCAGGCCCUGAGUCCCUCCUCGUCGUCGCCGGCCAGCCACUUGUGUUGGGAACUGACUUGCUGCAGGCUUGGAGUAACGGGAGGGUGCACGCGCCGGUGCACAGGGUGGCCGUCGGCGGGCGGGAGGACCGGCUGUCCUGCGGCGUGUUCCUGCUUCCAAGCAAGAACCUCGUCGUCGACGCGCCGCCAGAGCUGGUCACCGUGGACGCCCCGCGCCGGUUCAGGCCGUUCGAGUACAGUGACUACCUCAGGUUCAAGCACGCCGGUGGAAACGGCGAGGACGUGCUCGACCGCUUCGCUGGGAUUUGAUACGUUGCAUUCUUUUUUAUCAAAAAGGUGUCGGCCCCUUGCACGUUGACAAGUUGACAAGUUAAGAAUUACACAUGUUGACAAGUUGCACGUUGCACUUGACUAGUUUCUUAUUCAUUAAGCCACUUACUUUA